AUAUUAGCAGCUUGACAACAGAGGCCGCGAUCGUGUUUCGGUAGCUCGUGCUGGGUUCGGAAUGUUCCGUGGGUGAUACCGCCUUUCAUGUAAGAAGGUAAAGGUGGCACCCUCAGUAGUUAGACGGAAAAUAUUGUCGUCGAUUCGUUAGUAGCACGUACACACCGAUAUACCCACACCAUUCUCGGCGGUGUGUGCUUACGGCGAGAAGUAACUAAAGAAGUCCUCCAAGAAAAUCUAUGACGCAGCAAUUAACGAACUUGGCCCCGGAUAGCGAACGGCCAGUGGCUAUCGAUCAGGGUGGUAUAAAAACUAAGUCUAGUAUCCAGAAUAGCAUCAGAUGUCCGUCUGUAACACCACGUGCAACAGUUGCAAUUAUCUAAAAAUCUAGUGAAGAGUGCUUAAAUUCGGCUAAUAGUUUCAACCUGUUCGGCAGUUCAGCUCGAUUCAAGUGUCGUCGUACCGCAAUAUGUUGAGAUUCGUCUCCCUUCUCGCCAUCUUCGUGGCGACUGCCAAGGCCGCUCCGGUGGAACCGGCGCACUAUAGUUUUGUGGCCGCACACCCUCACUAUGAAUACGUGCACCACGCGAUACCCGAGAUACAUUACCCGGUUCAGUUUGUCGAAGCCCAUAACCAUCAGGCAUACGUUGAAGUACCACACCAACUCAUCACCGAAUCGCAAGGUUACCAUGGACAUAGCGCCGAGAGUUACGUCGAUAGCAAUGCCUACCAUGGUGGACACAGUGCCCUGUAUGGUGGUACCAAUCAUGGUCACCUGUACAGUUCUGGGGCACAGACAGCAUAUGCUAGUAAAUACAACGAUUAUUAUGCUUACCCCAAGUAUCAAUUCGAAUAUGGCGUCGACGAUCCACAUACCGGAGAUCAUAAGAAACAGUGGGAAUACCGUGAUGGAGAUGUGGUUAAAGGAGGAUAUAUGCUCAAGGAAGCUGAUGGUACAACCCGCUUAGUGGAAUACACCGCCGAUGACCACAAUGGAUUCAAUGCAGUGGUGAAGAAGAUUGGUCACGCCGAACACCCGGCAGUUCACGCUCAGCCUGUUCACAGCCUCUACGGCGAACUGGGCAACUAUGCAGGAGCUUUUGCUACCGGAGACUACUACGGCAAAGGAGCUACCAGUUACGCCAAAGUCUGGAAGCAACACUAGAACGGCUAUCGUCAGUUCCAUUACUCACCACAACAACGAUAACUUCUCCAAAGAUACGGCCAGAAGAUCCAGGAUUGAUACGAUAUUUAUUUGAUAGGUUUUAGAUCGAGCCACCAAAGGCUCGUAAUGAACGGUGAAAAGUUUUAGCCAAUUUUUCUCUUCACUUAUUAUAUAUUUAUGAAGUUAGAUAACUGUUCAACAUUACAUAAACAGUAGCCUCAAUCACUUCAACAAUGAAUGUGUUUGAUGGACUGCAAUAUGAUUGAAGAGUUUUGAACUUCUACAAUAACGAAAUAAAUUGAUCUGUGAUAAA